AUGUCUUCAAGAAGUCAAUCAAGAGAGCAGACUGGUUCACGUUCCGCAAAUGCGCCAGCUCGUAGAAGACAGCAUCAUGCGAGAUCCAAGAAAGGAUGCGCGACGUGUAAAGACAGACACAUACGUUGUGACGAGAGGAUGCCGUUCUGUCGAAACUGUGUUCGCGUUGGUCGAGUUUGCAUAUAUACUACAAGUACUACUCCUUCACGCGCAACAACCCCAGACCCACCAACAGCAAGUCAAAUAGACCAUCCCAUGGCUGAAUCGUCCGUGUUUCUCGCGCCUCCAGGAGGGCAACCUGAAUUACUUUGGCAUCCUGAGGAUGAUGGCGGCCAUGACGCUUCUCAACACUCGAUUUCAUUUCAAGGUGGCAUGUCUUCGAUCGCACUUGCGAUAGUUCAGCAAUCUUAUCGAAUCUCCACUAGAAGAUCGUCGUUGCCAGACCGUCCUUUGCUCUUGCUAGAGGACCAAUUACCAGAGUUCAGUGACAUAAAUGGGGUCCAUGGUUGUGUUCAGUAUGCUCUAGUUAGCUUUGGGGCAUACAUAUUUGACCAAGCAAAUAAAAGUGUUAGAUCUAAGGAGCUCUUUCUCUCGCAUGCUUGUGCUGCUUUAGAAAAACUUCAGCACGAAAUAAGCAUUUUUUCUCAAGAGAAUGCCGACGCUAUCGUGACGGCGUCUAUAAUCUUGGCUGGAACCGCUCAAGAUUGGGAGCAGUGGACGGUGUUUAUCGAAGGAUACUCAAUGGCGUUGUCUGAGAUCAAGAGAAAUGGCUGGAAGACUGCAUACCCCGAGUUGCUCGGCGAAGAUUUCCAGCUUCGAGGCUUUUCACCAAUUGAUGAUGAUACCUCAUCGCUCUGGAGAUCCGGGGGCCGGAUCGAAUAUCGUGUGAGCGGGGUUAUCGAGUCUAUACAAGCAGCUGCCAAUUUCAUGGCUUCAGAGAUUUGGAGCGCAAUUGGCUUUCAGGAUUUGGAACAACUUGCAUACACAGUACUUGAAGCAAUUUCCCUAGAAACGGAGUCAGCAACCUACGACAAGCUAGCUUGGCUUCGUUCCUGGAUGUUUUGGAUUGAGUUAAGGAGGACAAAUGGCGAGAAUGAGCAGCGAGCACUCAGCUGCCACUUUUACGCGCUGCUUGCUGCGGUAGUGCCAUUGUUUCCUGCUCGAUAUCAAAGCUCUUUGCUGCGGAGCAGUAUUUCGAAAAUGCGCAAUAUUAUGGAUGAGAUGGAUGAGGAUUCUGCGGCUAAGUUCGGUCUUUCAAAGCUCCUGGAGAGUGGCAGUACACAAUUUUGA